CUUGUAUGUGCUGUACUAUAGGUUACGUCACGUACACUAUAACGUUGAAGUAGUGAUGGCGCAGCGCGUAGUUUUAAAAGUUAAUAUAAGUUGAUCCUAUUUUUUCUACUCUCGCCGAUCAUCAUUGUUACAUUCAUUAUUUCACUAUGAAUACUGAUAACGAGAACUUGGAUACUAUUUCCACCGACUCGAAUGAGGAGAAUAAAUUCUCGGAAAGUCCAAAACCCAGUACUAGUAAAAGUUCAAACGAUACACCUCGAAGACAUCGAAAGCAUUGUUGUUCUUCUUGUAAUUUACAUAAAGAUGCAGAAUUUAUUAAGAAUUUGUUUUUCAAAUGUCGAGUACUCUUUAAUCUACAAAAUACUACGCAAUAAUCAGUUAACAGAUAAUCCUGUCAAACAUGCAUUAUGUGACUUGUCUCAAAUGAAUGAGAGACUGAACUCAAUUAGUCCUCAAUUAGCAAACAAACGAAAAGUAUGUUGCAAUUGCAUGCCUUGUGACACACAUUCUAUAAAAAUUAGAAAACAAUUUAUAAAUGAUGAAAUGGGAAUGGACAUAAUGGAAGCAAAUCAAUUGGAUACGUCCAAUGAUGUUAAAAUGUGUAAGGAUGAUUUGGAGAAAUUAAUAUCAAAAAAUUAUUCAAAGGAUAAGGAAUUGCAGUCAAAUAUAAUUUUAACAAUGCCACCAAUUAAGACAGAAAUAGAUGCGACACAACCUUCUACAAGUACAUCAACACCAAGUAUUUCUGUGUCAAAUAUUGCUACAUCAAACACUGAACAUCAAGAAAUAUUAUUGAAUGAGGGAGCUAAUAAAAUAUAUUGCCAAUUAAUAUCUAUGUUUCCAAAUGUAGAUCAAUUUUACAUUAAACAACAAUGUCAAACGUAUUUUACAGACAGUACGCAAUAUGAAUUAUAUGAAAAUCUAGUUGAAUUUUUGCUAGAAAAUGGUCAAAAAUAUUCAACUAUUAAAGAAGCCGAGUUAUUAGAGACAGAUAAUGCCAAUAUUACUUAUAAUUUGAAUAACUACUAUGCUGAUUUAUUAAUGAUAUUUCCAGAGGCGAAUCCUAUAUAUUUAAGAAGAAUAGUUGAAGAAAAUUAUAAAAAUCCUGAGAAAAUACAGAAAUUUGUUCAGUCAAAAUUAAACAAUCCAGAUUAUCCAACAAGAGCUCAAUAUCUAACUAAAAAGAUUACAGAACAACAAAAACAAUACACUACUAAUUUCAAUAUACAACAAUUCUUAGAUUUAUUUCCAGAUCCAUUUGCUUAUUUUGAAAAUGCAAAUAGAGAGUGCAAAUUUAAUGUAUAUGCAAUAGAUUUUUUGAUGCAUUAUUUCAGUAGAAUCAAGGUAAUUACAUUAUUAAAUACAUAUAGUGAGCAUCAAUAUAACUUAAGUCUUACUGUUAAGGCUUUAGAAGCAUUGAGUCCUGAUAAAAAAUCUGAACGAUUACAUAAUAUGAUUCUAACAAAAGAUAUAUUGCUUUUACAAGAAUGUGCCUUUAUACAACAUAAAUUAGAGCUCAAAAAAUAUCUAACCAAGUCAUUGAAAAAUCAAGAGGAGUUUGAGAAACUUAAAGCAAGAAACGAAUUGGUAGUCUGUCAAUGUUGUACUGACGAAUGUAUACCAUCAAAUUGUUUUAUGUGCAAGAAUGAACAUUUAUUUUGCAAUAAAUGUAUUAAAAAACAUGCAAAAUCAAUAUUAAGAAAAGGCGAGGCACAUAUUAAUUGUCUAUUAAAUUGUGGAAGUGAAUAUCCACUGUCCGUACUUCAGCAAAUACUAUCUACAACAAAUAUCAAAAUUCUUCUUCACAAACGGCUAGCUGAAGUAAUGGCUGGAUUGAAUAAUUUAAUAGCAUGUCCAUUUUGUCACUUUCCAUCUACAUCAUCACCUGAGGAUAGAGUAUUUAGAUGUUUCAAUUGUAUGAAAGAAUUUUGUUCGCACCAUUUACGACGUUUACAAGUGGAAGAAAGAAUUAUAAAGAACCCCUAUAAAGAUGACCAAUAAAAUGCCAGUACCAUUACCACAUGUACACGUGGGAGAAAGAAUUAUGCAAAUUAGACAAGAAAAUUUUGAAGUUUACAAUUUUUGAUGAAAGAAUUGCAAAGUACAGUCCAUGUCCAUUUUGUGUUAAUGUUAAUAAUGUGUCAUUAUUAUAAUGACUAUUAUAUUAUUUAGUAAUUAUUAUAAGAAAAAUCUGAUGAAUGUGGGUAUGACUGUGAUUUAGUACAAGAAAAAAUGUUGAUUUAUCCGCAAAAUACUUAUCUUUAAAAAUGCAUUACUUGCUACCGAUAUCCAAAAAUUACUGAAUCAGUUCUGAAUUAUUUGUUCUUGUUCAAAGAAAUACUUUAAUAUUUAU